AUGGAUUGCAGUCUGCUCGUCUCGCUCGCCGGUCUCGCGCCGACAAUUCGCUUCAUCGCCGUCAAAUUGAUGCCGUCAAUGUUCCAUGCCAAUUUGAAGGGAUUCCACGUCAUCGCGCCAAUUCUCGUCGGGACCAUCGAUUGCGAGCACCUCAUCGGACCAGCCCAUUUUCAGUUGAUUUCCUAUCCGUUGCUCUACCUAUUCGGAGCGCCCGUCUUGAUUACGGUAGCGAUCACUAUCGAGAGGCUCAUCGCGUUGUUCGAUCGCGCGUUUUAUGAGAAUCGCAAAAUCGGCAUAGGACCCAUGCUUCUUGGGAUUACGCUAACUAUUAAUAUGAUUAUAAUUUAUAUAGUAUUUCGGAAUGAGGCGUUCCAAUAUUCGACGUUCAACUUCUUUCUGAUACCGCCGUCGUCGGCGUCAUCGUUCAAUUUGCUCAUCGUCGGCCUGUUUCUGAUAAACGUCGGCAAUUUCGCGACGAAUUUGGCGCUCGCGCGCUUCUUGCAGCGAUUCAACUCGAAAACUGCGAGUUUGUCGACGAGGUACCUCAUCGAGGAGCUUCACACGAGCACCAAUCUCACCAUCGGCAUCUCAUUUCUACACAAUCUCUUCUUCGCCGUCCAUCUCAUCGACACGUUCGCGAUUCGCUUCCUAUUGCCGUUGGUCGUUCGCGACGCCACCCUCAUCAACGGCCUACGCGGAAUUAUGUUGGUGUUACCCGUUUAUAAUCUGCUCGCUGGCGUCAUCGCCGCGAUUUUGAUGAAGCGCCUCAAUUGGCAAAAAUCGAAGAAGCGACGCCAAGUGGUGUCGAUCGAAUAUUCGGGUGUUCAAGGCGCCAAAAAUCACGACGCGGCAAUUCAAAAUUGCUGGAAUUUUGCCGUUGAGAAAUAG